GAGAACAGAGACAGAAGAACAGAAACACUUCAGAAGCUCCUCCUUCACACUGUUGAUAUGUUCCGGCUCAGGAUGACUUCCUGUUUGUUGUCCCUCUUCCUCCUUUCGGUCUUGUCCAUCAUGGCUGCCGCUCAACCCGCCGGCUGCAAAAUCCGAAUCACUGACAAAGGACUGGACAUGUUGAAGUUUGAGACUCAGAGGUUUGUUGAAGAGGAGCUCAGCAACAUCAGUAUGCCAGAGAUGAUGGGGAAGGAAGGACGCUUCCAAUACACCAUCACUGAUGUGAAGAUAACGGAGCUGAAUCUGACUCAUGCUGAUUUGCAGUUCGUCCCUGAAGUUGGAUUGUUAUUCGACGUUCAGAACUCAUCCAUCUCGCUGAGUUUCCACCGACGGAUCCUCUACUGGUUCUUUUACGACACGGGAAACAUCAACGCAUCGGCUGAAGGAGUGAACAUCAACACGGUUCUGAGUCUAAUCAGAGACGAUGAAGGACGACUGAAGAUCAACAACGUCACCUGUGACGCCAAAAUCGACAAAAUGAGGGCAAAAUUCAGCGGAACGCUCGGGAAAGUUUAUGACUUCCUGUCCAAAUUCCUGACAUCAGGCAUGCGCUUCCUCCUCAACCAGCAGAUCUGUCCUGCUCUGAACCACUCCGCUCUGGUUCAUGUGAACUCGAUGUUGGACACGAUCCCUGUGAGGACAGAGGUCGAUCAGUUUAUUGGGAUUGAUUAUUCUCUGAUCGAUGAUCCGGUAGUGACGUCCCGGAGCCUCGACAUGCACUUCAGGGGGAUGUUCUUCGACCUUUCUGAUCCAAACAACACGUUGGCGAACUAUGCUGUCAACCCGGUGAUCAGAGAGUACGACCGGAUGGUUUAUCUCGCUCUGUCUGAGUUCUUCUUCGACAGCGGAAUGUAUGCUUACUACAGGGCAGGAAUCUUCCAGAUGGACAUCAUCAACGAGAAGAUGCCCAAAGAUCUGGAGAUGUUGUUGAGAACCACCUACUUUGGAACCCUCAUGAUGCUGUACCCGGCUCUGGUGGACGCUCCGCUCUCUCUGCAUCUCGCCGUCACAUCGCCUCCAAAAACCACCAUCAAGACGUCUGGAGCAACCGUCAGCAUGACAGCCAGUGUCAAGGUGAUGGUGCUGCCUCCGGGUCAGCCUCCGAUCCAGCUCAGCAGCAUGACCAUGGAAUCAAAGUUUAACGCUAAAGUCUCUAUGAAGGGAAAACGUCUGGCUGUUCAUGCUGACCUCCGCAGGUUUAAAAUCUUCUCCAAUCAAUCAGCACUGGAAUCUCUAGCAUUGAUUCCUCUGCAGGCUCCUCUAAAGGCGAUGCUGCAGAUGUCUGUGGUUCCUUUAAUUAACAACUGGACAAAGAAAGGAGUUCAGAUUCCUCUGGCUGAUGGAAUGGAUUUCAUUGAGGAGGUGGUUGAAUAUCACAACGGUUUCAUUGUGAUCGGAGCAAAUCUUCACUUCAGCAAAGGACUGAGAGAAAUGAUCACAGGAGGCAACAAUCAGACAGAGGCAGAAACCAACACCGUCUAAACAUUUCAAUAUUUAUAUGGACACACACAAAGUGAAUAUAUAAUACACUGUGUGAACAUAUAUUACAACAUGUGAAUAUAUACACACACUUCAGCAAAGCACUGAGAGAAUGAUCACUGGAAACAAUCAGAUACAACACAGCCUCUAUACAUGUAUGUGUGUAUAUAUACAUUACAUAGUUUAUUGUCCCUACAGUAUAUAGACACAAAUAUAAGACUGUAAAAACAUCACUAAAUCGUUAAACACUGAAUAAAAACAGCAUAUAGGUAGUGACUAUAUCCAUGACAACAAUGUGUUACAGCCAUAGAAAUAAAAUAGAUAGAGAGCUCAUUGAGCUGUUUGCCAUGGUCAUUUAAUUAGUCCAAAACAAAACGGUGAUAGUUGUUAGUUGUCAUGUUGAGAAACACGUCACAGUGUGUCACAGCUCGGUGGAGGAGAGCAGUCCAACGCAGCUCGGGAGAAGUUCUCCAGUAGUAGUAUGAAGAGACACAAUGGUAGUAUGUAGAAAGACAACAGUAGUGGUGGAGAUUGAAGAGGAGGAACAGUUACGCUUUGGCUACAUCGAACGUAUAACAUAUGUGGACUGUUUGUGGAGCAGAUGUGCUGCAGAACGCAUCCUUUACCAUCUCCACCUGCAGCGACACACGGCGUAGGGUUGUGUGAGUCACAGAUGAGACAGCGAGCAACAUAGAACUGAUCAUUCGAUGUUGAUUUUAAUGAGAAUGGCCUUUCUAUCCAUUCUAUUUCUAUGGUUACAGCACCUGUAAUAUAACGGAUGCCCCCUCUGUGGGCGUGGCCAGUUUAGGUAAGUCCUUCAGUGACCUGGGGUCUGUUCCAGUUUAACCCUGAUCUCUGAGUUGAUUUACCCUGAGAUGGGAAACUGAGUUUUCGGUUCCAGAACAGCUGAGUUGGUUCAAUCAACUCGGAGUAAGUUCAGGCAGGGUUACGCGCGUGCACAACCACUAUAAAAAGGCAGCAUGAAUGGAGCCAUGAUUCUACAAUUCACCAUUGUAACAACCACAAAC